AUGGCUGGCUUGCUUUCCUGCUGGAUCGCAACCGUCAUCGCAAUCAUUGGCUACUCCUUGACAUCGUCCUAUGUCGCGGCCGUGGAAGUGCUGGGAACAAAGUAUCCCGACCUGCGAUGCGAGACCAACGCCCCUCCCCAGAGGGCCCUCAACUUCACCUCGGUGAGCGUGCCCGUCGGGCCGCGGCCCUGGGGCCUCGUGUACCUCAAUGAGAACUUUGCCUUUGCCGCCAUCAACUUUUCCAUUGGCGUGCUCGAUACUCGGCAGUUUGAGCCCAGGCUGCUCAACAUGAUUCCGUUUCCAGAGGAGUUCCAAAUGGGCAACGAAGACAUCACGUCGGAUGGUUACGGGUAUCGUGAGCUCAUCCUCUCCCACGACAAGCGGAACCUGUACGUUGCUACGGGUUAUGGUGCCGUGAUUCUCGAUACUACAAAGGCCAUCCUGGGGAGUAAUGAAUCCAUCGCCGGGGUCCUGAGCAGCAAUGGCUAUGUUGGUAGGAGCGCCGUGGAACUCUCCAUCACGCCCGAUGACAAAUUCGUCUUCAUCAGCCAAGAAUUUGGGAGCAAUGCCUCGUAUAAUCGUGGGGCAGUCGAGGUCUACAAAGUCACCAGGGAGGAUGACGGCAAGGUCUCAAGCAUAUGGCGAGGUUUCAUUGCACUAGGAUUUGCAGUUGUCGGCCAGCAGUUCUCAAAGGAUAAUACGAAACUGUUCGUAACCAGCGAACUAAACACUACCAAGGGAACAGUCAACGACACGGCCGGUAUCAUUAGCGUUCUGGACGUUGCAACACUAAAAGUGACACCGGGAAAGGCACUGAUAACUCGCCUGAACAACGGAUGUCGUCCGGUGCGAUGCGACGUCUCGCUGGACGGACGACAGCUCUGGGUCACGGAGCGAGACGCCAACACCCUGGCCAUAUUUGAUGCCGAUGAACUUGCCCUCGGCAACAACAAUACUGAUGAGGUACUCUUGGGUGCCGUCACCACGGGCACUUCGCCCAUUGGAAUCGCCGAGGUGGGGAGGUACGUCUUGACGGCCGACUCCAACCGCUUCAAUUACGAAAAUGCGACAACUGGCGUCACGGUGGUCGAUACGAUAACCAUGCAGCAGCUUGGGCAAAUACCAACGUCGGCGUUUCCGCGCUCUUUAGCGGUCAGCCCCAGCGGAAACAGGUUAUUGGUCUCCGAAUUUGGUGCGGGCACCAUACGUGCGAUAGACGUGACGUUACUCAAUAGGUUUUAG